AUGGAAAUCCCACCACUACUACACGAACUCUCCAAACAAAAAUACAUGCCAAAAGUCAAAGCCGAACUGCAAAAUAUACAGAAUCUGCUAAAUCAGCUGAAGCUGUUCAAGCACGAAUGCCAAAUGCAAAAUUUGGAAGUGUCGAUAAGUAAUUCAAAUAACGGAGAUUUGCGUCGUAAAGGCGACAGUCGACCCACGAAUAGCGCAGAAACUUUAACAGCGUGCGAACUUCCAUGGGGCUCACUUAAACUCGUCCCCACUGGAAAUAUUGAUUUUUCUAUUUCUCCGGACUGUUUUGCGAUAAAAUCGAAUUUGCAAGAAAUAUUUGGUAUUUUCGAACGAAAACUUAACAUUUUUUGUGGCGAUGACAACCAGGAUAAAUAUUUAAACAAAUUUUUCGUUCUAAGUGAGGAUGUUUAUUUGGAAAAUUUAUUAAAAGUAUUGAAUGCUUUAUGUGAGCAUUGUUUACCAGCUGUGCUGUCCACCGUAAUAUAUUGGUAUGAGAAACAGCUACAAUGUCAUUUUGAAGAAUUAUUAAAUCAAACAGAGCGACGGCAGCUAGGAAUUAAUUAUAUAUUUUGUUUAUUAAUGGUCGAAGUAUUACCUCAGCUUCAUUUUUUUCCUGAAUCCUGUGAACAGUCUGUGUCGUAUAUUAUUGCUUUAGCUUUCAAAGAAGUUGCCUAUCGUGACCCAUUAUGUUUGGGUGCAAAUUAUAAUAAUUUUUUGGCAGUAGCAGAACGAUAUGCUGAAGUAUUAGGUGUAUUAUCUCAAACGCAUGCCACUAUCAUACAAAAAGUAUUUUUAAGCUCUUUGUCGGAGCUUAAAAAGGAAAAUCCAGUUACUUCACUGACGAUGAAUAAUAUUAUUGCUUUACUUAUGGCAAUGAAAUUUUUUCGCAUCAAGACCAAUCAGAUAUCUGAUUUCGAAAUUGGCAUUCGUUUUCUCGAUGAACUUGGACAAUAUUUUUUAGAAACAAAACAAAAAGAUAUAAAACAUGCAAUAGCUGGUCUGCUUGUCGAAAUAUUACUUCCCGUUGCCGCGGCAGCUUAUCCUCUUUUAACGUGCCUUCUUUGUAUAUGCCAAAGUAAAUUUUUCUUGGCAAAUUGGACGCAGUUUUUGAAUUCAAUAUUAGCGAGUUUGAAAAAUAAAGAUCCAAAAGUUUCUCGAGUUGCACUUGAGUCGGUCUACGUAAUACGAAACAAUUGUGAAGGUAAUACAGCAACGCGAAAUCGGCUCGAAUCAAUAUGUAAUUCCUUAUUUCCGAAAGGUAAUCGCGCAGUUGUACCUCGUGAUUCUCCACUUAACAUUUUUGUUAAAAUCAUUCAUUUUAUUGCUCAGCAGAAGCUUGAGUAUGCUUUCAAGGAGAUAAUAUUUGAUUUGUUGGGAUGUAACCGAGCACAUAGUGUUCUGAAGAGCUCGCUGUAUCCAGAACGGAUGAACAUAGGUAUACGAGCAUUAAUGGUUAUUGCUAACAGCUUGCAACUAAAAGAAGGACCGCCUGAUAUGCCACGAUCUAUGACCAACACAACCACCCAAAGAUUGAAGAAAAUGUAUAUUCUUCGACCACUGACUGCUGAUAUUGCAAGGUCAAUAGGUCUUGAACAAUAUUAUGCACCUUGUUGGAAAGCCGUUGAUGCUAAUUGUUGUGCAUCCCCUAGUGAAGUUAAACCAAAACUGGAUUUAUUCCGUACGUGCAUCGCAGCGAUUCCUCGGUUAUUGCCUGAAUCAAUGAGUCAUUCGGAAUUAGUCGAAUUAUUAAUAAGAAUGACCGUUCAUAUUGAUGAAGAAUUACGUAUUCAUGCAGCACAAACAUUGCAAACAUUGAUGAACGAAUGUGCUGAUUGGAGAGAAGAUAUUAUUCAUGCAGACUUAAAUUUUUUGUCAAAUCAAAUUUUGGAUACUUAUCCAUCAUUAUUGGAUUCAUCAUUGCGUUUAUUGCAACAACUUAUGUUCACUUGGAAGACCACAGCACAUAUAGAAAAAAAACGAGAGAUGAAUGGUAUUAACGAAAAGGAAAAUGGUUUUGUUAAUUCAUUAAGAAUGCAAAUUUCUCCAUUGUUAACCAAUUCAGUUGCAUUAGCACUUCAUUCAGUUGAAGGUUUUGCAUUGGCCAUGUUAUGUCAGUUUAGAACUCAAACUCGAAAAAUUGUUAUCGGCAUUCUGAAAGAGGUUCGCCAGUUGUUGGUUCUUGUCACUCCACACCAGCAUGAUACAUCUGUAAUUGAGGUGCUAGAUAAUGCCACCUCCUAUGUAUAUAAUAAAUACAUCGAACAUGUUCCAUUAUCUGAAAGGCAAUUCUGGAAUGCAGAUUUUGCUUCAGCUUCGGACAAAAUCGCUUCAAUUGAAACUGAUAGCUGCUUGGUGAAUAGUGAUCGUGGAAAUGAAUAUUUUCGGUGGGACCCUUGGGCUUGCGCUUUAUCGGGAUAUUGUGAAUAUCGUUUCCUUAUAGCUCAAUGUCCAACUGCUGUAUUUUAUGCCUGGCCUAUUGUAAAUAUUAGGCUUAAUAUUUGCAACAGUUUCAUCGAUCCCAGCAAUCCACAAAAUGAGAAUCGUGCAUCGUUAUUGCGGAAUUCGAAAAGUAAAGGAACAAAUUCGUCAAUAUGUGGUGAAUCACUUGGGCAAGAUAGUUAUCUGUCGUUAUGGCAGAAAUAUUUGGUGAUGGCAUGUGCUCUUGCACCACCUCCUCAUGAUUCCAUUAACUCAUUUACCAGAGCAGAAAACGAUUUACUUCGUUCAAUACCAUCGAUUCGUUUGCAAAAAAAUUUAAAUGUUAAUGUUAGUUUCUACCAAAAAAUGAUCUCAAUGUUACGAUGGGAGCAUAUGAUUGAUAUGCGCGAUAGCGUUGUACUUGGAAUUGGUUCUAUCAAUCCAUUUUCUUUUGAGAGUUUAUUGUACGAAAUGAAAAUAGUAUUACGAGAAGCAAUGGAAAGAAAAGCUGAUAAUAAUGCUCGAAGAAAAAAAAGGAAAGAUUUAUUACGACUACAGAUCAUUAGAAUUCUGGAAGUAGCAGUAUUUCGUGGAGUGAUGUUAUGUUCUGGUUGUAUCGAUUCUGAAAACGGACUUUGUAGUGUGUUGGCUGAUUUUUUUGAUUCUAUGCGUCAGAACUUAGAAUCUGAUCAAGAUCGUGAUUUGUUGUUAUUAACCAAUCUAAGGUUGCAUUUCGCUAAAACAGUUUCAUUUAUAAUUCAUAGCGUGCCAGCUGAUAAAAGGAAGAAUUUGUUGGCAAAUGAUAAGAAACAAAGUUUAUUUUUUCUUUUCACAUCAUGGUGUAGUCGAAGUAUUGCCUCCAGUGAACGAAAACGUGAAGGAGAUGUAGGUACAUAUGUGGAGCAACGUGCCAUUGAAGCAAUGUGUGCAUUAUUGUGUUGCGGUCCGAUUUUUGAAACAAAUAAAGCAAUCGGAGAAAAUGGUUAUUUGUAUGGUUGGCUCGAAACUUUAUUGGAUUCUACCAAUCCAAUUGUGGAAAAAUUAAUCGAGAGGACAUUAAGUGUUAUGAUAGAUUUAAACGAUGAAACACCACAGUUACUAGAAUGGGCAAUUAAUAUUUGCUAUUGCAAACCAUCCAACAUUGUUAAAAAAUGUUUUAGAUCACUUGUUAUGGAAUACCCCUGUGAAUUCGUCUCGAUCUUUAUUUUAUGUCAGAUGUUGUCCGCAGAUGUGGAUCCUUGUGUAUCUGAAUCGGCGAUCGAAUUGCUUCAUUUGUUACGGCGGCAAUUUCUCGAUGAUUCAGUUACUGUCGUUAAAUAUAGGAAAUCAAAUGUCAAUUACUUCUUGAUUAACCAGAUUGAAAUAUGUCGUCUACUGGCGAAGACGUAUCCAAAAAUAACUAUGUCUGUUUUCUCAGAAGUAUGUUGGAGAGUAGAAAAUGCAUGUCCAAGUCGUCGCACUUCAAUGUUAACUCUUCUUGUGGCAUGGAUUGAAAAUAUUCAACUUGUUGAUCAGCAGGCAGAUUUUCAAAAAAAUGAUACGAGUGGAACUCAUGGAUGGGGUUCAUUAGAAUCUAGUCAUUUAAUCCUGAAUAAUCUUUUAUAUAUAACAUGUGCGCAAUCAGCUGAACACUCGAAAGAAAUAUCCUUAUUGUGGAGAACACUUGCUAAUAAUUAUCCAUCAAAUUUAUCCAUUAUUAUUAAUUAUCUGUUCACAAUGGUUAUUCUUUCUCCUGAUAUAUUGUUACCUCAUACUAAGCGGAUCAUAUGUUAUUUAAUGGAUUCUUGUGCCAGUUCAGUCGUUACAAUUCUUAUUGACCAUUUGGGAAAUGUGAAUGAGCUGUUCAAAGCUAAUUUAGAACGAUGUGAAAUGCCGCCAUAUUAUCGCUAUCAGAAUAGUACUGAUAUGCUUGAAAAAGAUAAACGGGAAGUUCAAGAUGAUCCGAAUGAAGACUUAUCUUUUGAUAAUUUCUUUCAGUUGAAUAUAACUGAUGAAGAAACAAUAAGUGGAAUCCAUGAAUUACCGAUGCCUGCUUAUGGUGGUUAUUAUUCUCCACUUUCGAAAUUCCUUGUUCCUAUCAGUCAAUCGAUUAUUUCUUUUUCCAGAUGUAAUCUUGCCUUGCUGCAUUUGUGCGAUAUAUUGAGAUGUUCCUCAAAUGUUGAUUGGCAAGAACAUAUUCCUUUACUUUUAAUUGUUUCUAUUAUUGGUCUUGAUUCGCUUCGUCCAACAAUUUGUAGACAUUCGCGGCAGACUAUCAUAAAUAUCAUUUUGCUUUAUGCUAAUGAUUACAUAACUAUAUCGCAACUUUCUAAUAUUCUGCUUUCUAACCAGAUGCUGUUGAAGAGUAAUGCUAUCUUUUGUUCGAAAUCUGAGCUCGUUCAGGCUAUCGUAUUUUGCAUGUCUGAAAAAAUGGAACGACCCCUUUGGUCCAAUGAAGAUAUAACGCCCAAACAGUGGAAGAUAGAAAGUGCAGAACAUCUUGGCUGUUUAGUUCGUCAUCUUGCUGAAUUACUGCUUGACAAUAUACCACUGCUUGCUAUUCGAUGGACUCAAUUGGCUAUGGGAAUGGCUCUUUCUUCUUCAAAUCGUCAUAUUGCUGGACGAUGUUUUCAAAUAGCAUCAGCAUUAUGUCAGUCGCCAUCUCCAUGGAUUCCUGGUUUGCUGUCACGAUUAGUGGAAACUGUGGGUGAACCACAUGAUGAAACACAAUCUUAUGUUACUGAUAUUCUGCUUUGCUUACAUACAACAGUUGGUUAUCUUGCUUUAUCGCAACAAGUUAUGCCAUCACAGUCACCUACCCAUGCUCGUUCAAUUUCAUAUACGCCUGCAUUAUUACGGCAAACUGCUGUUGCUGUUGCAUCUGCUACUAUAUCUCCAGUACAUGAUCGUAAAGAAAUUCGCCACUCAAUGAUGAUAAGUGAAACUAAUGAACCAACAAUUGGGUUAUGCCGAAGUAAAAGUGCGACAGCAUUAAAAAGUACAGAUGUUUCAGUAGGGGAAGAGGAUUUGUCAGCACUUUGUCAAUUGUUGUCAAUAUCUGUUGCAUUACUCGAAUCCACUAAUGAUAAUGAAUAUAUUUUAGCCUUGCAUCUUCUUGAUAAAAUAUUGGAUGCGGCAGGACCAGACAGAAUAGUAUGUCUCCAAAGAUUGGCUAAAACAGUAAAUCAACUUGAUUGGACUUCUUUUAGUGGUUUAGUUGGUUUAAUUGUGAAAGGUACAGCAAUGAAUAACGGUUAUGAAUUAUCCUUGUCAUUAUUGAUAAAGUGUUUGGAUGUAAUAAAUGAGCCAAUAAUGGGAAAUAAUAAUAGUUUACCGUUAAUCAUAACUGUUGCAUUACCUAUAUUGUUACUGAAUUUUGAUGCACCAACACCGUUAUGUAUAAGUGUAGCGAAGGCUAUUGCAAAUCAUUUGAGUGAUAAAAUCGAUUAUGUGGAAGAAGAAAAGAAGGCAACAGAUGAUCCAACAAUCCAUCUUAUUUCGAUGAUGGAUAAUUAUGUGGAGCGAUCAUUUUCUCGAGAUCGAUUUCAGUGGGCUAAAUGUGUUUGCAAAUAUUUGCACGAUGCUUUUUUACCCGAUAUUAUACAAUUUGUUGUUCUUUUAGCUGAAGAUCCCUCGUUUUAA